AUGUCGGCAAACAUUCCAUCGCCAGAAGGCUCAGUUCGGUCCAUCGCCUCCAGCAGUCGUGAGGGCACGCUUUCUCGUCCUCCAGCGCCUCCCAAACCUUCGCAUCUCUCGUCCGCCUCCACCGGCACGUGCAACUCAAUCGCUCUCCGUCACUACAUCCAAACGCAUGUCACAGGCGGCUCCUUCACUACGCAUUCUCCCUCCACAGCCACUAUCAGUCGCGCACGUCUUGGUCAUGGCUACGACAGCUCUACUGUAGACCAUUUUGUCGAUGCCUUUGACUCGUCGAGCAGCGACGAAUACGAUACAGCACCACGCUCACCCAGUUCCAGGCCUACGGUUCGCGGCAGAACCUACACGGCGCCCUCCGUUUCAAGGGUUUUUGACCAGUCCUCGCACAAUACAGGUGCAGUGGACAGCACCACCCAUCUCGUUCGAAACGAGCCAAUCGCUAUCAACGGCACCGGUCCUUCACGGGUCGGCAACCUGCGCAGCAUGUUCGAGGCUGCCUUGCCCAACGCGUCCAUGCCUGUCGCUCUGUCUAGGCAGAAUACCGGCGUCGACUUUCAGCUCACGGGAACAAAGCAAAAGCUCACGGGAACAAAGCAAAAGCCCAGAAUCAGCAACCAGGUGCGAAUGCUUCAGGCACAGAUCACCGGUGAUCGCUUCAACGGCCUGGCGGGUGCCUUUCACGUGGCAGAUGCACGCUCCUCGGUCCUCAUGCAAACACCUCGCAAGCCCCAGACCCAUCAGAGGGAUGCCACCGACCAGAGCCAAGAUGAGUCCAUCUAUCGCACUGCCUCUCAGGAUUUCCUCGGCGACGCUCUAAAGAUGGACGCUGUAGUCAUUCCACCGAGUCACAACCCCGACACUGGCACACUCCGAGUUUCUUCUUCCGGCUCCUUGGCACGCACCUGUCAAUUGACAGAGGAACCCACCUCUAUCGACUCUGACGCAACCAUUCCUGUCUCAACAUCAUCCAAAGCCGGACUGACUUCCUCCAGGAUCCGAAACAUCACAGCAGCCCAGCACACUCGCGAUGACAGCUCUGCCACCAUUCGACCAAGCCACUCCAACAACGAUGUGCCGCACUCUCGCGAUGCGACAGUCAAUUCAGCGGAUGAAGCUUCAGCUACAGCACGUCGCCGCUCCACCCGCUUAGUCAGCGGCGGAAACAAGGCGCGCUUGAGCUCCAUCUUCACCGCAAGUCCCCAGUCGUCGUCCGAUCGGGAUCGCCGCACCUCGGGUAUUUCUCCUUCACCGUCCGCUCACUCCAUUGCUAGCGCAUCCGCUUCUGAAGCAGAGCAUCAAGCGGAGAGGUCCCGAGAGCCGUCCAUGCUUAUUGCCGACGACGACGAUGUCAGCUUCUCGAGGACCAGCCAUCAUUUGCGCGCCGACGACGGCAGCUGCUUUGACCUCGAUUGGCGUGCUACAUAUGCCAGUCCCACCAAGGCGACUGCCGCGCGGAAAAUCUUGCUGAAUGCUGCCACCACCGUCAACGGGGACAUCAGCAGCAGCGUGCCGGAAGAGGCUGCUGGGACAGAUGCAGACCGACCGAGUCCGCCGUCCGUUGCCAUCAACGCCGAGCAGAGCGGUGACAUUUCCCCUAACGGCGAUGUGGACAAAGCAGAACUAGUCGAGCAGCAAUCGGCCUUGCUUGGAGCUAUGCAAUCGACUCUGGCUCCCACCACCAACACCACGACGUCGACUCUGCAAGCUCCUCGUCCCAUCAGCGCUCGAAUGCCACAGCCCGGUAUCGGCAAGCCCGCUCGAGCGCUCUACGACUUUGAAGGUGAAUCCGCUUUCAACGAGCUCGUUAUUCGCGCUGGUCAGCCAUUCGAGAUCCUCAACGAGCAGCUUGCGGGAGGCUGGAGUCUUGGCGUCGUAUGGGACGAACAGGGCGUGCCGACCAGAGGUCUCAUCCCACAAGGAUGGUACUGCUUGAUACAGGAUUUUACCCGGUCGCCCCCUGCGAAUCAACCUAUCGGGCCGCCGCCAACGAACGAUCCGGAGUCGGAGACUGGUGGCCUCAGUUUGCCGCCUGCAGCUACCGCCUCGCCGAAUUGCAGGGUGUCUAGCGCAAGGUCGGACGAGGGCUCGGCUGAAGCAUUGCCUAGUCGGAUGGCUGCCUCGCCAGGAUUGUUGCAAUCAGAAUCUGCCACUGUGGAAGCUAAGGACGAACCUAUUGCGCAUGUCGUCAACGGCGAUACGCCGUCUCAAAGCGCACCAGCGGCCACAGAUCAGGUACUCUCAAUCCCGAAGCCAACAGCAGAUGACGUAAUAGCAGUCGAGCCCCAAGCUCCCAUCUCAGUCAGCGCUUUUCUGGACAUUGGCAACGAGGCCGCGCAGUGGGAGCAGGUCGAAAGGGCUGAUGCAGAGACUCCCUUGGACGCGGUCGAGCCAGCGAUGGACGAGCAGCAUGUCUUUGCUGCAAGCCCCACAAGUGCGAUCGAUGGCAUGCCAGCUGCGUCAACAGAUGCAAAUCCCAUCGACUGGUCUGCUGUUGCCGUUGCUACAGCUCCAUCGCCAUUGAUCGAAGUCGACGAGCCAGCAGCAGCGCCAGUCGAGCACGCCGUGGAUAAAGUCAUGCCUGUCACAGACCCGGGAACAACAACGAUGACGACUACCGGCUCCGAUUGGAAGGGCAGUAUUUUUGGCAAAAAGACAUUCAAUCGCUUUGCCAGCUUUGUCACGAGCGGCGCCGAGGACUUCGUGCUCUCCGACGCAGACAUUGAAGGCGACGAGCGAUCGCGUACCAUUGCCCGCAAGGUGUCGGGAGGAGGCAAGCCUGCCAUCCCCGCUCUGACCGAGGUCGUGGAAGAGGAGGAUGAAGACGCUGCAGCGAGGCAGAAUGGAGCGCUGGCAACAUCUCAACUGAGAGUCGAGCAUUCACACGUUCCCGAGGCUUUCGAAUCGCAGACGGAGGUACCUGAAGUGGAGCUUAACGCUGCAGACCCGAACCAACACUUUGUGAUUGCCGGUCCUGCGGGUCCCAAAUGGAGGAGCAAGUCUGCGCCUUUUCUUGUUCAGGUUCACCAUCCAGAAAAGCGGGUCAAGCUCAACGGCAUGCAAGAGUACACAGUCUACCACGUUACAAGUACCUAUCCGAUCGAAGAUGAUCCAGACGCAGUCUCGGGCAGCCACGGCUGCCUCCCGUACGAUCCACUUGGCGGACCUUACCCACCCGGAGCCCAAGUCACGGUGCUUCGCCGAUUUACCCAGUUCGAAUGGCUGCAUCAGGUGCUCUCCAAGCACUUCUCUGCGUUGCUCAUCCCACCCUUACCCGAGAAGCAGUACUCUGGACGUUUUGCGUCUGACUUUAUCGAGACACGCCGUGCCGACCUCGAAAUGUGGACGUCGAGACUGGUGCGACAUCCGGUGCUGCGAUACUCCGAGCCGAUCCGCUUCUUUUUAAGCUGCGAGAACGAGGGCGAGUGGCGCACGUAUGCUGCACUUCUCCUGCGAAAUGGAUGCUUUUCGCAAGACAAGGCAGCAAAGGGCGGAGUGUUUGCGCAUACGUGGCACCCGGAGUUCAACUUUGAUGCAACCGAAGCCACCGUUGAAGUGGAUCGGAUGGAGGCGUUCCUAAAAACUCUGGAAAAGACAAUCAAUGGGGUUGGCGGGCACAAUGCGGGCAAGCACGGCGUGCUGGCUGCGUUCAGGGGUCACCGUGAAGGUAACGUGGCUACGUCGUCGAGCUAUCGCGAUCUCUCGUAUACGCUCCUGCGGACAUUGACUGGCGUCGGUGCUGGGCCGUCUCAUGACAGCGAUGUUACUGCAGGGGGAUCGGUGUUUGCGGAUGCGGAUGUGCAUCGGCUUCUGGGACCCCCCAUGGGCAACGUGGGUCGGCGCAGCGAGACGGGUGCGACUAACGAGCAUGGGGCUUGGUGCUGGCGAGAGGAUUGCCAGGACUGCCUCAACCUGACGAGUGCACUGCAGAGCACGGCGGAAUGCCUUCAAAACGUUGCAGACAUCUACGAAUCGCAUGCGCGAGAGACCCUGCUUCGACAGCACGAGAGGUUCAAAGAGGUUUCGCGCCCACACACCAUGGCACAGUCGUUGCUCGAGACGCACCGUACCACUCUCUCGCGCUAUCGCGAAGCCACCGAGGAUGCACCCUUCGACAGCGACGACGACGAAAACAACAACGACGCAGGCGCCACCGGUACCACUGCGACACACGUCGCACCCGAGGAGCUCGAGAAGGUCGCCGCGCGCUGCGAAACCGUCAUCAACGUAACCCUCUCCGAGAUGGACCGGCUGCACGACGAGCGUGUGCAAGACUACCACGCUCUUGGGCGAUCGCUCCUCGACGGCGAGAUCGAACUCUACGAAUCCAUACUCGACCAACUCAGGGCCGCACGCCUGCACUACGACGAAGAGUACUACGACCGGGAAGCGGACUUCCACGUUCUCGCCAGUCGGCACCAGCCCGAGUUGUUGCGGCCGAAGCGGCCGAGUGCGCCGCUGCUGAUGCCGAGUGCUGCACAGGGGCCGGUGGGAGGGUUGCGGAGUGCUGCGGGAGGUGUGGGGGCAUUGUUGAGUCAGGCGACGGGGGGUGGCGGGGUGAUCAGGCCGGCGAGUGUGUGUGAUGGCGACGUGGCAGGAGGCUCGCCGAGGAAAGGCGCGCCAGGGAGGGGGAGCUUCUUGUCAGAUAGCACCAAUCGGCAGCAGCAGCACCAGAGCCCCGGAUCGGCGUCGAGAGGAUUGGCGCCGAAGCAGCGAAAUACGGACCAGCACGGCAGAACGAGUUCGUACUUUUCAGCCAUCUGGCGCUGA